ACGCCGACAGGCUUUUUUAUUUUGGUGUACCCUAUCAUUUUUUGAACUAACAAUAGCAACCUACUUGGUCCGUCCCUGAGUGUUUGUCCACUUUUGACUUUUGGAACUGUUCAUCUAAGCACUUUGACUCAUCAAAUUCUCUCAAUGUGUAAGCCUAAAAAUAGUCAUGUGUGAUCUUGUUUGAUUCGUCUUAACAUAUAGAUUAUUAAUAUAUAAUUUUUAUAAUUUUUUAAUAUACAAAUAACAAGAUAAAAUGGAUUAAAGAAGUGCAUUGGAUGAUGUGCAAAAAUGAGUGGGGACAAACACUCACUCACGGAAAUGAAGAUGCUUUUACCAGAGAGACGGAGGUUGAAGAAAAGCUAUCCUCCGUCCCAACCCUAAAGCGCCGCCGCAGAGAUAAGAACAGGGAGGCGCUCCGCCGUAGAACACGUAUAAGAACCAGCUCACGUCCCAGACUUUACAGGCAAUGUGCAUCUCUAGUGGGACCGUCCAUCGGGGUCGAAGAGAACUAGUCCAUGCCCAAGAACGUCUACAAGAGCUACAGCGAAGAGAAGUGCAAUUGGAGUCCGAAAUACAAUGCGCGAUUGGUAAGAUCAAGAAAUUGGAAUUCAUAGCGAGGCUUUGGCGCAGCAUUCUAAUACUGUUCGUAGCCGUUUCGUUUUACUUGUUCUACCGAAUCGUUCUUCUUUGAGAGUUUUCGCUUGUGAAUGUAGACACAUCAAAUUAUGUGCUUGAACUUUGUGUACCAAUGGAGUACUUUAAUCUCAAGUUGUGAGUUCAAAAAAGAAGAAGAAGCUCGUGUUUUUCUUCACACAAACAUCCACCGCCGCGGUCGCAAUCGUCGCCGUCGAUUCAAGAAAACAUGACAAAUCUGACGGUGCACAGCGCGCCACCGCCAUCUCAUCUCUUCACAUUCUUCACCUUCUCAAGAAAAUGUGAUCUUCGCAGUACCCCUUCUUCUCGUUGGCCCUUCGAACUCUUGUGAUCCCUUCGUCAAAUUCCCCCUUUUUUUUAUUUCAUUUUUAUUUUUGGGUGGUGAUUUCUGUAUAAAGCCCAAAUCUUCACCUUAAAAUUUCCCUAUUCGCACUUCCCAAAAUUGCCCGAGAUCCACACUUCGUCUUGUUUGUUGAAGUUAAUAACCAAUUCCAGUUAAGGCAUGAGGAGAACAAUGUGUUACAAUGAUGUGCCUGAAGUUGUUGGGGAACAAUGGCCCAUCAAGAAAGCACUGACAUUGUCUGACGUGGACAUAACACAUCCUUUCCUCACAUUGUCUCGGCAACAAGUUGAAAACCACAUCGUUGUGCAUAUGGACCCACAACAGCAAGAGAUGUUGAGAUCCCAAGGCCACGUGGAUUUCAAUGGUCAAGACGAUGACACUGGUGAGGUUUACAGCAUGAAGCUGAAGUGGCGAGGGAGUUACUACAAUCUUAUUGGCAAAUGGGGAAAGGUUGUCAGAACCAAAGGACUCGGCGUGGGCCAUGAGGUCAAAAUUCGUUGGGAUAAUGGGAUCUUGCACUUCUCUGUGCCACUUCAGCAUCUUGCUAUGAUGGUGAUGCCUGUCCAAAUGGUUGUGCGACCACCACCGCCAGUAGUGGGUAAUCCAUGGCCUAUCAAGAAGGUGCUGACUCUGUCUGAUGUUGACAUAAACCAUCCGUUUCUUCCUUUGCCACGUCAGCAAGUCGGGGAUCAUAUUCUUGCGCACUGGACACCUCAGCAGCAAGAACAGUUGAAGAAUGAAGAGCAGGCGGUCGUGAAUGCCCGAGACUAUGACACUGGAGAAGUCUAUCAAAUGAAGAUAAAACCAAAGGGGAAUUCCUAUAACUUAGUUGGGAAAUGGGGGGCAGUAAUUAGACAAAAAGGGCUUGGGGUUGGCGACGAGAUUCGGAUAUGUUGGGCUGAUGACUGCUUGUGCUUUUCAGUACCACAGGAGCACUGUUCUGCAACACAAAGUUCAAUGGUGGAUAAUUGGCCGAUUAAGAAAGCCCUAACUUUGUCUGACGUGGACACUACCCAUCCGUUCCUUACCCUGCCAGGGAAAGCAGUUGAAGAUUAUAUUCUCUUUUACUGGACCCCACAAGACAAGGAGGAACUAAGGAAUGCUCGUCAGAUGGAUGUUAACGGCCAAGAUGAUGACACUGGAAAUUUCUACCUAAUGAAGCUGCGAUGGCGCGGGAGCUACUAUAAUCUCAUUGGUAAAUGGGGGAAAAUCAUAAGAGCAAAGGGACUCCGGAUUGGGAUGGAGAUUAGGCUGCGUUGGGUCAACAAGUGUUUGCACUUUUCCGUUCCCGAGGUACUUGGUGUGCCACUGAAUGUAUGAUGGCAGGCUGCAAAUGAACAUGUUCGGGAAAAAUACAACAAGGUGAUUUGAUGGGCCCUAUUUGUUUAUUCAGGCACAUCCGCGAGGAACUUAUUUGAGUAAUAUGAUGCCCCCACUGUACAACUGUAUAGAUGUGUGUAGUGUACCAUUGUUUUACUGACAAGGAGAGCCAAGUUGUAUAAACAUGGUUGUAUGAAGACUGUCAAGUAGAGCUGACUGACAUUGCUGUUCUGGUAUAGGAGAGGAUAACUAGUGUUUCUGUGAAGAACAACAGAUAUGGCUGAGUUCUAAAGUUCCUUUCUCGUGGAAUCCGAGUUCUAAAGGCUUGUUUGGUUGGGAAAUGUAAUUCCACUUGUUUGGUAGGAGGGAAUGGUGAAUCUGAUGAAUAGUUCUUCCCUCCACUUUGUGGGAUUAUUACAUUUUCAUGCAGUGGAGGAAUACGCUUAGACGGGAUUCAUGGGAGUGAACGAACCUGUGGGACCCAGACCGAGCCAAUGCUGUUGAACUGUAUAUGGGGAACAAGAAGACUGAAAAGCUACUGUGUUAGUUAAGUUUGUAACAGAGUUCAAUAUUGAAUUGCAAUGGAAGGAGAAGCUUCAUGUUGAGGUAAUUAUGUGCCCAAACUUUGUAAAGGACUCCAUUUGUAAGGGAUUUUAGAUGAAAUAAUAGUGUAAUGACUUU